GAACUGUUGCUCUCAAGUCGAUCCGCAUCCAUAUUUCUGCAAAACAAGUCCGCAAAAGUGACUCGGAAAAAUAUGUGAUUAUAUUAGAAAGAGCGCGUCGCCACUUUAUCGUAUAUUUUCACUCUUUUUUUUUUUUUUUUUUUUCCUUUUUUUUUCUCCUUUGCUCAGUGUCUGCUCGGACCGCCGUGAGCGCCGCCUUUGGCAUUUAGGAGAGUGAGGAGGUCGGGCCACCAUGCAUGAGUUCUGGAUGAGAUGCUGCAAGUUUUAGAUAUUAGUGGGACUUGAUCCGAGCUGAGUUUGCACCGCGGCGCAACUUCACCCGAUGCAACCGUGAAAACGCUUAUUCUUUGGGAGGAUUUUCCCCCUCUCCUCCGGUCCUGGAUCAGUUUUCCUGCGGCGUUUCCCUCACAAGCCGCGGAAUGAAAAGAGCCUGAAGACAAAUAAAAACUGGACUGCUUCAUACAAGACUUCGGCUGUGAUUUUCUCCAGUCUGUCCACUCUGCUUUUAAACAACACACUAUUCAGUUUGCUGGUGUAAAGAAUUUCCCUUUUUCAUGACAUAUUACAACUGUGUGCUGUAUAUGAGGGUGUAGACCACUGAGAUAAAUCUAAUCCAGGCUCCAACACAGACAGGUGUAAACCUGUCAACAGGAACACAAGCAGGGAGAAAGAAGAAAAAAAAAAAGAGGACCGAUUUCCUCUGUUUUCUUUACACAUUCCUGGACAGGAAGUAGGCACCCCUCUCUGUAUGUGGUGGGUGAGAUGAACUCCAGUGGGAAUACUGUAGACCCCACCUGACAGCUCUCUGCCUGAGCAACUGAAAGCUUUCCACUGGAGCAUCCACAGCCAUAGAGUUGGAUAAAACUAAGCCUUAAUUGACAUUAUCUUAAUGGUAAUGGUCAUUUGACAAAGAAAAUUAAGAUAUUUGUGGCUUAUAAGUGAUGUAUUGUCUCUAGAUAAGCUCAUUGCCUGAAAACAUUGUGAACCAGGGCAAAGUGGAAAAUAGGAGGAUACAAAACAAAUGGAACCAAGAAAUGGAAAAACCUAUUUGUAAUCCUCCUCCUGGCCUCUGAUUUUCUCCUGAUCCUGUCUGAGAUUUGCCUGUCCUGCUCUUAAAAAAGCUCCCCAUUUGUUUUCUCUGCCCCACACAAUCACACAUUUCCCUCUACCACUUUCUCCAUCCAGAAGUUUUUGUCCACCAAGACUUCAGUCUGGCCGGCACAACCAUUCCAGCUAAGGGCGAGGAGGACUUCCUCACACUGGCCGCCUCCCGACUAAGCCGCAAAAAACGUGUCAUUGGGGCUGGAGUUGGCGUGGCCAUGGUCCUGGUCCUGCUCGUGGCCAUCCCCCUAUUGGUCCACACCACUAAAGGGGGAGGGUCCGGAGGAGGGGGCACACAUUAUGAGAUGCUUGGGAGCUGCAAGAUGGUGUGUGACACUUUCACCCCCCCACAGGGAGAGCUGACAGCCGUCUCCCCUCAGCCCCCUGACUACCAAAGCCGCAGAGGUAAACAGGGAUUCAGAGGGAGCCCUGGACUUCCUGGACCUCCAGGUCCUAAAGGACCCCCUGGAGAACCUGGCAAGCCUGGGCCACCUGGUCCACCCGGGCCUGGACCUGGAGGUUACGGCCCUUCCUUCUACAGUCCUAAAAUCGCCUUCUACGCUGGCCUGCGGAAACAACAUGAAGGGAGUGAAAUACUCAAGUUUGACGAUGUGGUGACCAAUGUUGGGAACUACUACGAGCCAAGUACAGGCAAGUUCACCUGCCCACUUCCUGGCAUCUACUACUUCACCUACCAUGUCCUGAUGAGAGGUGGCGACGGCACGAGCAUGUGGGCGGACCUGAAGAAGAACGGACAGGUGAGGGCCAGUGCAAUUGCUCAAGACGCAGAUCAAAACUACGAUUACGCCUCUAACAGUGUCAUCCUGCACCUGGACGUGGGAGAUGAAGUGUGCGUGCAGCUUGACGGGGGCAAAGUUCACGGCGGAAAUACCAACAAAUACAGCACCUUCUCUGGCUUCCUCAUCUACCCUGACUGAUCACAGUAUACUCACAUACUUAUACUCUCUCUGUAAUCGAGCAAAAAGUGUCCUCUCCUUUGCAUCUAACACACCGUGCUGCCAUUAUGUAAUUUGUCACUUCAACGCAGAUCGGCACACAAACCAUGUAAUAACAUGAUCACAGUUAACAAAUAGGGUUUAAAGAAGAGUUUGUGUAAAAAUAAAUAUAUAAAUGUAUAUACAAGCCAACAUUUACAUCUGAUACACAUCAUUAUUGUGUGCCAUGUACAGUUUGCAUAAGCAUGGCUAAAACAUGAUCUUAUCUGUUUCACAUGAACACAUUCACUUGUACACACACAUGAUUUGAACAUCUCCUAUCAGUUGUUGCUACACGAGACCAGAUGACCAUUUCAGCCACAAGUCUGAUAUCGACUGAAAUGAUGUGCGAACGUAGACUGUAGAUCGAAGUGUGUGUGUGUGUUGGGCUGCAGCCUCUCGUCUUCACUGUGAGAUGGAUUUUCAAUACGGCUGUAGACACCAAAUGAGAAAAAGUCAUGAAUAUAUUGAUUGCAGCUGAUAAUAGAGACAACAUAAGAUAAUCGGAUGUGCCGUAUGUCUGUGUACAAGCAUGUGCGUGUUCACCUUUCAGUUCAAGUUGAGGUGCAUGUACUGUACGCUCAAUAAGACGCAUCACGCUGCUGUUAGUUUGACCCUCAUAGUCUUUGAUUCCUGUUAAAGGAAGGGGUAUCAAGUUGUCGGUAACAGUCCCUUAACACACACAGUAUAUCAAUACUGAGGUUUAGCUUUGAGAUUGUCCCUGAGCCAGAGCUUAUGGCAGAGCCUCAUCAUGUCCUGCUAAUGAGCUCAGGCUUUUCUCAGUUAUUCUCAAACCAGACAUCCAUAGAGAUCUGAAUGAUGUGUAUGACUUCACUUGUACUGCGAAUGUACCCAUUUGGAGAUGUUUUCGACACCCUGUUUUAAAUGCCAUGUCUCACACAUACACAGCAGGUUUUCUGUGCCUUACAUGACCUGUUACAUUUUUAUUUUGCAUGCAUGAGGAAGUCUCCCUUUUUGAACUAUAGUACGUAAACAGCCUGUUUUAUUUUGAUGAGAACAGCCAUUUAACUGAGAUUUCUUAUGAGAACUUAAACAAACGCAGACAUGCAACUAAUGCAAAGUGUGAAUAUGCUAAAUGAGGACUCUGACUGUGAAUCUUUGUAUUUAACUGGGUGUAAUUCACAGGUGUAAAUAAAAAAGAACAGAAAUAGGUUCAAACACCUGGAGAAGCAUGUCUUUGUUAGUCAAAAUUUGCAUCCAGGGAAAUUGUGACUAUUGUCUAUGUAACCAAUUACUAUAUUUAAAAAUUGCCAUACAGGUUCAAUGUGAAACACAUCUAUUGUAGUUUUUAGUGUGAAAGCUUCAUGUCUGCCCAAUUAUAAACUCGUUAAAAUGUUUAGCAGAGGCUUCAUUGUCCUGAAAAGUGAAAUCAGUUUGAAAGCAUGACUUUACCCUAAUGAUUUGGGUGUGAACUAUUUAAACCGACUUGUCAUGUUCGUGCUGUGAUUGAAAUAACACCUCAAUGCUGUACAGUAUAUUGUACACAGACAUUCCUCUGAUGUGAUUCAACAUGUACAUUUUGUGCCAUGCUGCAUCUUACUGUGUGUGUUUUCUGGCUCUGUUACCUUUGUGUUCAUGAGCAGGAUUCAUUGUUGUCACUGUACUUUGCCAGCUGAGUUGUGUGUAUUUGAUAUGUAUGAACUCGCUUAGAUUUUUCUCUGCCCUUGAAGACCAUGAAACACAAUAAAAAGAAAAUCCAG